AGAAAUACAGUAGGGUGACUUGGUAGCACUGCAUGCACUGAGCUGACCGAUAAGUUCUUCAUACAUUAUUGUCCUUGGAUGUGGAUGUGAAGACUCAAACUACUCAAAACCAAAACAUCUCAAAUCAUAACUUCAGCCGGCCACCGAAGACUGAUUGAAAGGUGGACAUUUGCCAUGGAAGUCGCCGAAACACUCGGAGGGCGAGGGCAGUACCCAAUGAUUAGGCCUUGCCAUGCAGAGAGGAUUGUCCUGUGCAUCGAUGCCUGCGAUGACAGGCUGAGGUACCCUGGAGGGCCGCAAGGCGGCAAGCAGUUUUCCACUUUUGGCACAAUCAAGAAAUGUGCCGAAGCGUUUCUACACAACAAAUCCGCUAUGAACCCUGACCAUCACUUUUCCCUACUCACGUUCAAGGGUAACACAUGCUACAUGGGUCCUUUCAACAAUAAGGCCCAUGAGCUCGUGAGGCAGCUUCAAGCUAUGACACCUAAUGCAUCGCCUGACCACCCAGUUCCUUUGAGCCGUGUCUUUGAUUUAGUGUACGACAAAGUGUUGAAAAAUGAAGAGGAAGAUGAACAUAUGCCAUUACGAAUAGUUCUUUUUUAUGGUCGAUCUGGUAUGUGCGUUAUGGGCGAGAAUGUACUUUCAAGAUUCAAGAAUGUUCUUGUCGAUAUUCUUUAUAUUCAUAGACCUGUGUUGUCAGCCAAGGAAAACAAAAGAGUGAUAUCUAACUUUUCAGAAUUACAGUCAUGUUUGUCAGAAAAAUCUUUUUGUUUUGCUUCUCUCUGUGAGAGUCUUCUUGCACUUCAGUAUACCAUGAACCUUCUCAUGCACCCCAACAUUCGGGUGCCCAAUGUUAAUGCUAGAACUGAAUAAAUGUAUCAUGAUGGCUUACCAA